AAGUGCUCAAACUCAUCUAGAAUCUGCCUUGGAACAAAGUGGAUUGCAGCGGGUUCCUGCAUUUGUUGAGAAACCGAGCAGUUUUCAAAGACUGAGUCUAUCCUCCGAUCUACAAAGAGGAGAGAGCCUUUGAUCACUGGUGCAUAUGAUGGGACUUGAUGUUUCUGCAUUUAUAGCCGAGGGGACUAGCGAUGAGGGGGCGAUACACUGAGACUAUUCACAGUUAGAGUCCUGGCUUUAAAAGAGAGACAGUGCAUCGUCUGUAAGGUGUGGGUGGAGCUCUGCCCUCUGGCUGUCUGCUCUCGGUAUCUCUGACAUAUCGAAUGUGGAGGUUUUUCAACAGAUUCAGCAAUAGGUGCUGUUUCCUGUAGCCAGCGAUGGCACCAGGGGAUGUGGUGCCUGACCAUCCCAAGCAGCCCAAGCCAAAGGAGAAGCGACCUGGAAACAGGGCAUCGAAAGCAGACUGUGAGCCGGAUGGAUCCUUUAUCUUUGAGGCUCAUGAGGCUUGGAAAGACUUCCACAACUCCCUCAGGCAUUUCUAUGAAGUGGGCGAGCUCUGUGAUGUCACACUGAAGGUCGGCAGUAGGUUGAUACCAUGCCACAAGCUAGUACUUGCUUGUGUAAUCCCCUACUUCAGGGCCAUGUUCCUGUCUGAGAUGUCCGAGGCUAAGCAGGAGCUGAUAGAGAUCAAGGACUUUGACGGUGAUGCUAUCCAAGACCUGGUCCAUUUUGCCUACUCAUCCAAGCUCACACUAACUGUGGACAAUGUGCAGCCGCUGCUCUAUGCUGCCUGCAUCCUCCAGGUGGAGUUGGUGGCGAGAGCGUGCUGCGAGUACAUGAAGGCCCACUUCCACCCCACAAACUGCCUGGCUGUUCGUACCUUCGCUGAGAGCCACAACCGCGUGGACCUGAUGGACAUGGCAGAUCGCUACGCCUGCGAACACUUCACUGAGGUGGUGGAGUGUGAGGACUUCACGUGCGUGUCUCCGCAGCACUUGCGCACAUUACUGUCCUCCAGCGAGCUCAACAUCCACUCAGAGACACAGGUGUACAACGCCGCAGUGAAAUGGCUCAAAGCGAACCCGCAGCACCACGAGGCCUGGCUGGACCAGAUCAUGUCUCAGGUGCGCCUCCCACUGCUCCCUGUAGAGUUUCUGACCGGAACAGUAGCGAAGGACGAGAUGAUCAAAGGUAACCUGAGUUGUCGUGACCUUAUGGACGAGGCCAGGAACUACCACCUUCACCUCAGCAACAAGGUGGUGCAAGACUUUGAGUAUACAGUGCGCACCAUUCCCCGGAAACACACUGCAGGGGUUUUGUUCUGCGUGGGUGGCCGUGGGGGUUCAGGUGACCCAUUUCGCAGCAUCGAGUGCUACUCCAUCACUAAGAACAGCUGGUUCUUCGGCCCUGAAAUGAACAGCAGGAGGCGUCACGUGGGUGUAAUAUCUGUAGGAGGUAAAGUAUAUGCUGUUGGAGGCCACGAUGGUAAUGAACACUUAGGCAACAUGGAGAUGUUUGACCCCCUCACCAACAAGUGGAUGAUGAAAGCCUCUAUGAACACAAAGAGGAGGGGCAUUGCCCUGGCAGCUCUUGGGGGUCCUAUCUAUGCUAUCGGAGGUCUGGAUGACAACUCCUGCUUCAACGAUGUGGAGCGAUACGACAUCGAAAGUGACUGCUGGAGCGCCGUGGCACCCAUGAACACACCCAGAGGAGGAGUGGGCUCUGUGGCAUUGGGGAGUUAUGUGUAUGCUGUGGGAGGUAAUGAUGGUGUGGCAUCAUUGUCCAGCGUGGAGCGCUUUAACCCACAUCUCAACAAGUGGACAGAGGUCAGCGAGAUGGGCCAGCGACGGGCCGGAAAUGGAGUCAGCAAACUCAAUGGCUGCCUCUAUGUAGUUGGGGGUUUUGAUGACAAUUCACCCCUGAGCUCCGUUGAGCGCUUUGACCCAAGAAUGCACCGCUGGGAGUACGUGUCUGAGCUGACCACCCCCCGCGGUGGGGUCGGGGUCGCCACGGUAAUGGGAAGAGUGUUUGCAGUUGGGGGUCACAAUGGGAACAUCUACCUGAACACGGUGGAGGCUUUUGAGCCUCGAAUGAACAGAUGGGAGCUGGUGGGAUCAGUGUCUCACUGCCGUGCCGGAGCCGGAGUGGCCGUCUGUUCGUCUCAUGUCAGCCAGAUCAGGGACGUUGGCCAGGGCUCCAGCAACGUGGCCAACUGCAUGUGACCUCCGGCUCCGGUUUGUUACCAGGUGACUGACUGACUGACUGACUGCCAGGCCACAACACGAUCUGACCACUGCACGAACACACAACACAAAGCACACAGACAGUGACGGCGUGAUUUCCCCCCCCCCCCCCCCCCGGCAGCCUAAUAACUGUCGCCACUGGAUUGAUCAUCAGCCUAAAAGUGAUUAUGACUGAUGUUCAGUUUGCACACAUAGAGAGGAAUAUUAGGGAGAUUUUACUGACUUGAAGUGCACAUGUGACUAUUGCAAGUCUUUUCUGAGUGACACAUUUGAGACAUUUAUCUUGACUCCAGAUGGUGUUAUUUGCAAUCAGUUCUGUAGUUCUUUGUACUGUAUUUUCAUCUGUAUGACUGCCUUGAUAGAGUUCAGUCUUUUCUGAAGGGAAUAAGUAGCCGAGGCUUCCAAUUAAUACUAGCAUCUUGAGACUGAUGAUUUCAGAACUAUAAGGUUACCUGCACAUCAUGAAUGUGGACUGUAUGUUUACUGUAGGCCAGUAUAAAAAAUAAUUUCAUAGGUCUCUCCUUGAAUAUCUUUGAGGCUCUGUAGUUGUUUUCCUUGUCUCAGAGAGAAGUGAACAAACUGGAUUCAACGAGUAGUUUGCUGUGCAGCUAAAACACAAAAUAAUAUCUUCAUUAUUCGAUCUAAAAUAGGAUGUCAACAUUUCAAUGAUUCCUGUGAACUUAGUCUUCGGUUAGAGCAGGUAACGUUUUUAAAGGUGCUUUUCAAAAAUAUUCCUCCAGCAGUUAAAACUGCGUUUAGCUGCGUUGCUUUCCAGCAUUUCUGAGAUUUAGGGAUUUGCCUGUAAUCAUGUUUGAACAAUCAUUUAUAGCUAGUGGAGACAAGUCAGUCGCUGAUGAGGAGGUGACAGGUCUGAGGAAUUGAACUGCUGCAAGUGCCAAACAGACAAAACCUGCAUCAGCUGUUUUUUUUAGAAAAGCUGUAGAUGCAAAUCUGUUUUCAACCGCCUGCUGAAUCUGGAGCCCUUUACUCCAACCUCAGGAUUUAAGAAAACAAAAAGAUUUGAUGACUUCACAUCUGAGAGGCCAGGACCGAUCAGAGCAAUACGGCAAUCUCUCCAGUUCUUUUCCAGUUUUACAUAAUUAUAUCGAGAUCUGAUCAAAGCGACAGGGACAGAUUUUCAAAGUAAAGAUUGUUGGUAUUUAUCGAUAGCUGGACUGUCAGAAACCAGAUGUGUAUGAGAUCCAGCUGAGGUUUGUCUCUUCAGAUGGUUCUGUUAUAUUUUAAUAUAUGGACGUUUUGUAUAAUAAGAUAGGUGUAUCUUUGGUAUUAUUCUUUACUACACUAUCUAAUCCAUUGCUGUGCACUAUUUUCCUAGAAUAGAUGUGAAGUCUUCUUGAGUAUAUUUUUGUCCUAAAUGGAGAAUUUUCAUGUUAUUCAUGUGGUAAGUUUGAAAAUGUUUAUUUAACACGUGUAUAUUUCUGCCCAAUGUUCUUUUUAGAUUAGGCUGAAAGAGUUUGAAACAGAAUAAAUCCAGUUUGUACCAGACUAAUCCACAUUAUUGCACAGUUUGUGUACUGCCGUUGUUUAAGAUAUUGCAUUUGAUCAGCUAUAUACUAUCAAUAUUUUUGUCAACUUUGUAAGUAAGCGAGGCAGAGUCUUUUUUAAACUUCACAUUUCCUUGUUCCUCCUCUUGACUGCUUCCAUCUUUUGCUUUUUGUUUACAUGUUAUUGCUAUGAAUUGGUUCAAUAAAAUAUGUGUAAAAAGUU